GGGAAAUUCAUCCGGAUCCACUUYGGGGCCACCGGGAAAUUGGCCUCGGCCGACAUCGAGACCUACCUCCUGGAGAAGUCCCGCGUCAUCUUCCAGCUGAAGGCUGAGAGGAACUACCACAUCUUCUACCAGAUCCUGUCCAACAAGAAGCCGGAGCUGCUGGAGAUGCUUCUGGUCACCUCCAACCCCUACGACUAUGGCUACGUGUCCCAGGGCGAGGUGACCGUGGCCUCCAUCGAUGACUCCGAGGAGCUGAUGGCCACCGACAGUGCCUUUGACGUUCUGGGCUUCACGGCCGAGGAGAAGGCCGGCGUCUACAAGCUGACGGGCGCCAUCAUGCACUUCGGCAACAUGAAGUUCAAGCAGAAGCAGCGGGAGGAGCAGGCGGAGCCGGACGGCACCGAAGAUGCCGACAAGUCCGCCUACCUGAUGGGGCUGAACUCRGCCGACCUGCUCAAGGGUUUGUGCCACCCGCGCGUCAAGGUGGGCAACGAGUACGUCACCAAGGGCCAGAGCGUCCAGCAGGUCUACUACUCCAUUGGUGCCUUGGCCAAGGCUGUCUAUGAGAAGAUGUUCAACUGGAUGGUGGUGAGGAUCAACAAUUCGCUGGACACCAAGCAGCCGCGGCAGUACUUCAUCGGUGUCCUGGACAUCGCCGGCUUCGAGAUCUUCGAUUUCAACAGCUUCGAGCAGCUGUGCAUCAACUUCACCAAUGAGAAGCUGCAGCAGUUCUUCAACCACCACAUGUUCGUGCUGGAGCAGGAGGAGUACAAGAAGGAGGGCAUCGACUGGGAGUUCAUCGACUUCGGCAUGGACCUGCAGGCCUGCAUCGACCUCAUUGAGAAGGUACCGCCCACCCAGGGCCGAGGGACGACCCCGAGGUGCCCCACGGGUGGCUUUGGGGCCACCCUGGCCAACGAGGUGUCCACCCUGGCCAACAAGGUGUCCACCCUGGCCAAUGAGGUGUUCUCUCCAGCCAAUGAGGUGUCCACCCCAGCCAAUGAGGUGUCCUCUCCGGCCAAUGAGGUAUCCUCUCUGGCUAAUGAAGUGUCCUCUCUGGCCAGUGAUGUGUCCUUCUUGGCCCAUGAUGUGUCCUCCUCAGCCAAUGAGGUGUCCUUUCUAGCCGACGAGGUGCCCACUUUGGCCAAUGAGGUGUCCUACCAAUGGCCAAUGAGCCAACAAGGCAUCUCCCCAGCCAAUGAGGUGUCCUCUCUGACCAAUGAAGUAUCUUCCUCAGCCAGUGAGGUGUCCUCUCCAGCCAACGAGGUGCCCACUUUGGCCAAUGUGGUGUCCUACUGGCCAAUGAGUGGACGAGGUCUCCUCCCUGGCAAUAAGGUGCCCUCCCUAGCCAAUGAGGUGCCCUCCCUAGCCAAUGAGGUGCCCUCCCUAGCCAAUGAGGUGCCCUCCCUAGCCAAUGAGGUGCCCUCCCUAGCCAAUGAGGUGUCCCCCUCAGCCAAUGAGCUCUUGGCCCACCUCUUCUCCAACUAUGCCGGGGCAGAUGCUGGUGGUGACAGCGGGAAGGGGAAAGGAGCCAAGAAGAAAGGUUCYUCCUUCCAGACCGUCUCGGCCCUGCACCGGGAGAACCUCAACAAGCUGAUGGCCAACCUCAAGACCACCCACCCGCACUUCGUGCGCUGCCUCGUCCCGAAUGAGCGGAAGGAGCCGGGUGUGAUGGACAACGCCCUGGUGAUGCACCAGCUCCGCUGCAAUGGGGUCCUGGAAGGGAUCCGCAUCUGCCGCAAGGGCUUCCCCAACCGCAUCCUCUACGGGGACUUCCGCCAGCGGUACCGYAUCCUGAACCCCGCGGCCAUCCCCGAGGGGCAGUUCAUCGACAGCCGCAAGGGCGCUGAGAAGCUCCUGGGCUCCAUCGACAUYGACCACAACCAGUACAAGUUUGGGCACACCAAGGUGUUCUUCAAGGCGGGGCUGCUGGGGCAGCUGGAGGAGAUGCGUGACGAGCGCCUGUCGCGCAUCAUCACGCGCAUCCAGGCGCGGGCACGGGGGCAGCUCAUGCGCCUCGAGUUCAAGAAGAUCGUGGAGCGCCGGGAUGCUCUGCUGGUGAUCCAGUGGAACCUCCGGGCCUUCAUGGGGGUGAAGAACUGGCCGUGGAUGAAGCUCUACUUCAAGAUCAAACCCUUGCUGAAGAGCGCGGAGACCGAGAAGGAGAUGCAGAACAUGAAGGAGGAGUACGGGCGGCUGAAGGACGCCCUGGAGAAGUCAGAGGCGCGGCGGAAGGAGCUGGAGGAGAAGAUGGUCUCCAUGCUGCAGGAGAAGAACGACCUUCAGCUCCAAGUGCAGGCYGAGCAGGACAACCUGAACGACGCCGAGGAGCGCUGCGACCAGCUGAUCAAGAACAAGAUCCAGCUGGAGGCCAAGGUGAAGGAGCUGACGGAGCGGCUGGAGGAUGAGGAGGAGAUGAACGCCGAGCUGACGGCCAAGAAGAGGAAGCUGGAGGACGAGUGCUCGGAGCUGAAGAAGGACAUUGAUGACCUGGAGCUGACCCUGGCCAAGGUGGAGAAGGAGAAACACGCCACYGAGAACAAGGUCAAGAACCUGACGGAGGAGAUGGCGGGGCUGGACGAGACCAUCGCCAAGCUGACCAAGGAGAAGAAGGCCCUGCAGGAGUCCCACCAGCAGACGCUGGACGACCUGCAGGCCGAGGAGGACAAGGUCAACACCUUGACCAAGGGCAAAGUCAAGCUGGAGCAGCARGUGGACGACUUGGAAGGCUCCCUGGAGCAGGAGAAGAAGAUCCGKAUGGACCUGGAACGAGCCAAGAGGAAGCUGGAAGGUGACCUGAAGCUGACCCAGGAGAACAUCAUGGAUCUGGAGAAYGACAAGCAGCAGCUSGARGAGAAGCUCAAGAAGAAGGAGUUUGAGAUCCACCAGCAGAACGGCAGGAUCGAGGAYGAGCAGGCGCUGGCUCUGCAGCUCCAGAAGAAGCUGAAGGAGCUCCAGGCCCUGUCCAACCUGGCCUCGGCCACCUCCAGCCAUGGGGUGUAUCCACUCCAUGGUGGCCUCGGCCCGUCCCCGCAGGUGGCCAUGGAGAAGGUGUCGCGCUCCAUGGAGGACCAGGCUGCCGAGCACUUGGCCAAGCUGGAAGAGACCCAACGUGUCCUCAAUGACGCCAACGCCCAGCGGGCCAAGCUGCAGACGGAGAAUGGUGAGCUGUCACGGCAGCUGGAGGAGAAGGAGGCGCUGGUGUCCCAGCUGACCCGYGGGAAGGUGUCCUACACCCAACAGCUGGAGGACCUGCGGAGGCAGCUGGAGGAGGAGAUGAAGGUGGGCUCAGGUGGUGGGCUGAGAACAUCUGGGGGCUCCAGGAAGAAGCUGGCGCAGCGGCUGCAGGAGGCCGAGGAGGCCGUGGAGGCCGUCAAYGCCAAGUGCUCCUCGCUGGAGAAGACCAAGCACCGGCUGCAGAAUGAGAUCGAGGACCUGAUGGCCGAUGUGGAGCGGUCGAACGCGGCCGCCGCCUCCCUGGACAAGAAGCAGAGGAACUUUGACAAGGUGGUGGCCGAGUGGAAGCAGAAGUUUGAGGAGUCGCAGACGGAGCUGGAGGCGUCGCAGAAGGAGGCCAGGACCCUSAGCACCGACCUCUUCAAGCUGAGGAACAUCUACGAGGAGUCCCUGGAGCACCUGGAGACCUUCAAGAGGGAGAACAAGAACCUCCAAGAGGAGAUCUCGGACCUCACGGAGCAGCUGGGUGCUGGCCACAAGUCCAUCCACGAGCUGGAGAAGGUCCGGAAGCAGCURGACGCUGAGAAGCUGGAGCUCCAAGCCGCCCUGGAGGAGGCUGAGGCCUCCCUGGAGCACGAGGAGGGGAAGAUCCUGCGGGCCCAGCUGGAGUUCAACCAGGUGAAGGCCGAGUACGAGCGGAAGCUGGGCGAGAAGGACGAGGAGAUGGAGCAGGUGAAGCGCAACCACCUGCGCGUGGUGGAGUCGCUGCAGACCUCGCUGGACGCCGAGACCCGCAGCCGCAACGAGGCCCUGCGGCUCAAGAAGAAGAUGGAGGGCGACCUCAACGAGAUGGAGAUCCAGCUCAGCCACGCCAAUCGCGGUGCCAACGAGGCCCAGAAGCAGGUCAAGGCUCUGCAGGGCUACCUCAAGGUACCUGUCCGAGGGGACGCCGAGCUCCUGAAGGAACCUGUAUAUGGGGAAACCGAGGCCCUGAAGGAACCUGUCCAUGGGAACACCAGCCUCAUCAACCAGAAGAAGAAGAUGGAGGGGGACAUCUCCCAGCUGCAGACCGAGGUGGAGGAGGCCGUCCAGGAGUGCCGCAACGCYGAGGAGAAGGCCAAGAAGGCCAUCACCGACGCGGCCAUGAUGGCGGAGGAGCUGAARAAGGAGCAGGACACGAGCGCGCACCUGGAGAGGAUGAAGAAGAACAUGGAGCAGACCAUCAAGGACCUGCAGCUGCGGCUGGACGAGGCGGAGCAGCUGGCGCUCAAGGGUGGCAAGAAGCAGCUGCAGAAGCUGGAGGGGCGCGUGCGCGAGCUGGAGAACGAGCUGGAGAAUGAGCAGAAGCGCAACGCCGACAGCGUCAAGGGGCUGCGCAAGUCUGAGCGGCGCAUCAAGGAGCUCAGCUACCAGACUGAUGAUGAUGAUGAUGACGAUGAUGAUGAUGAUGAUGGAGCCCCACUGUGA